UUAGCGUCAGCGAGGGCGGCAGCCAAUGGGAAGGCGCCGCUUGCUGCUGUGGUGACGGUUGGGUUUGGUGUCCGCGCUUGGGGCUUCUUUUCGCCUCAGGACCGGAUUAACUCCCUUUGGGAUGGCCACCAGCUACAAGAAGCCAGCACUGGGGGCUCCAGUUCAGAGGAAGAAAGCACUCCCCAAAACUGAACUCACUGAAGAGCAGAAACAGGAGAUCCGAGAGGCCUUUGAUCUGUUUGAUACUGAUGGGACAGGGAACAUCGACGUGAAAGAGCUGAAGGUUGCCAUGAGAGCACUUGGGUUUGAACCCAAAAAAGAUGAGAUAAAGAAAAUGAUCUUAGACAUCGAUAAAGAAGGAACUGGAAAGAUCACCUACCAGGACUUCUUGGGUGUGAUGACCCAAAAAAUGGCUGAAAAAGAUUCAAAAGAGGAGAUUCUUAAAGCCUUCAAACUGUUUGACGAUGACGAGACUGGCAAAAUCUCUUUCAAAAACCUCAAGCGUGUGGCCAAAGAACUGGGAGAGACGCUUACAGACGAGGAGUUGCAGGAAAUGAUUGACGAAGCUGAUCGGGAUGGGGAUGGGGAAGUUAAUGAGCAGGAGUUCUUACGAAUCAUGAAGAAGACCAGCCUGUACUGAAAUAUUUAGUACAUUGUGUGUGUGUUUUCUAAUUUUUGUUCUGUUUUUGAGUGUCAAAUUGGUCUCUGUGGUGCCUGUUUGGAGGAGAUCAGCAGAAGUUCGUAUUUCCAUAGCUUUCCAUGCUAUCCUUACAGUUGGCUUUUUGUUUAAACCUCUGUACGGUGUUAUCUCCCACCUGCUUCUGGCUAACUCCCCAUCAUUUAGUGUCAAGUAUGUAUUUUAUAUUUACAACAUAGUGUGAGACAUAAUGAAUUAAAGUUCCUUUUCAAGGUGGCGAUUGAGUAUCUGCACCCAGAACUUAUGCAAAGAUAUAUAUUUUUUGCAUAAGUUCUUGAGAUACUUGAGAUAUUCUGAAAAACAAGAAGAAUCGAUUUUGAAAACUCUUGUUUCAAACUGUCUGGAGCUUGUCUUGUCUUGGCAAAAGAAUACCUGACAAAGUGAAAGGAUGCCAAAGAGUAGAUGGCUCCAGUUCAGCUUGUGCGCCUGGUCCCCAUUGGGUGUUCUGUCCAUCUAGAAAGUGACCUGGUUCUGGAUAUUGUUGUUGAAAUGCAGUGCCUGGAUUUGCUAAGUUUUAUGUUGUUUGUUUUUUUUUUAAAAAAAAAGAAUGCACUUCUUAGCCUUUACAUUUUUUCAAAAGCAUUGAAUGUAAAAUUGUUGUGUCCAAAUUUACUGGAAAGACCCUGUAAACAAAUUUUGUUUUCAAAUAUUCAUGCCUUGUAUUGUUAACAAUGAAAUGUAAAGAUGCUAUCAAAGA